CACCACCUUACAACCCCCUUCAACCUACUCUCCCUUCCCUCUACCUCUCCAUUUUCUCCUGUCUUCAGCUAAACUUUCUCUCCCUUCCAUACCCAAAUACUUCUCCCUCUGAAAACGCUUUCUUUAAACCUUUCUUGAAUCUUGAGAACACGUACUGUCAAUUUCUUGUUUGACGAUGGAAGGUGGCCUUGGUUUACUUGUUGUAAGUGGUGGUGGUUGUUCUGGUGCCUCAACAAACGAGUCUACUGUGUCAAAGGUGGAGGUGGUGGAUGCUGAGGCUAGCUCAUAUCCAAUAGAGGCUGAGCUAGAGCUAGGUCUUGGUUUGAGUAUUGGUGGUGGAAGUGUAGGGAAGGGCAAGUCAAGCGUAUGGGGUGAGUGUGGGAGAAUCCUGACUGCGAAGGACUUCCCUUCUCUGGUGUCUCAGCCUCAUAGAGGUCAUAAUAAUAAUAAUCAUAAUAACAAUAGUAAUGCUACAGCUUCUGCUUGUGUUGCUGUUUCUGGGACUAAAAGAGCUGCUGAGCCUGUUUCCCAUGAGGGUGAAUCCCCUACUUCUAUCAGUAAAUUGCUUUGUGGGAGCAGUCAGGUUGUGGGGUGGCCUCCUGUAAGGGCUUAUAGGAUUAAUAGCUUGGUGAACCAAGCCAAGGCUUCAAGAUCUGAAGAAGAUAAGUCUUUUGGUGAAAAAGAUAAAUAUAAUGAUGCUUCCAAGAAAAUUUGCAAUGGUAACAAGACCAAUGCUACUGGUAAUGAGAAAGGGCAUCUUGGAUUUGUUAAGGUGAAUAUGGAUGGGGUUCCAAUUGGAAGGAAGGUGGAUUUGAAUGCUCAUACUUCCUAUAAGACACUUGCACAAACACUUGAAGAAAUGUUUUUCAGGCCCACGCCACCCGUCAGUUCGAUGGGUGGAGAGAAGCAACAAUCAGCAAAUCUCUCUAAUCUCUUGGAUGGCUUAUCUGAGUUUGUUCUAACUUAUGAAGAUAAAGAGGGAGAUUGGAUGCUCGUCGGUGAUGUUCCAUGGGGGAUGUUCCUAAGCUCCGUUAAAAGGCUCCGAAUCAUGAGAACUUCAGAAGCUAAUGGGCUUGGUCCAAGAUUCCAAGACACGAAUGGAAUACAAAUAAGCAAGCCUGUUUAGGAUCACUUCUGUCCCAUCAUUUUCAACUCCAGAAAGAUGAAACUCAUAGUUUGAAAACAAAGACAGUAGAGAAAGUUGAUGAAUUAGAACGUUCCACUGAGAUUGCAUUUUCACUGAUUUUUUUUUUUUUAACCAUUAUCAGGUUUUCUUUAGCUAUGUGGGCGAUAAUUCACUUAGUUUCUCUCUUAUACAGUGCUUGUGCACACUUGACUGCUGCUUUCUCAUACUGUAAAUAUGGGAGUACUUGAUAUUUAGAGUGGAGUUUGCUGCAAUCUAGUGGACUAUCAGUUUUAGUGUUUGGUGUGAU